AGAUGCAGUUUCUUUGCUUGAAAUUAACCUAAGAUUAAGGUUAUUCCUUUAUAAUACCGCUCAUGUACAAAAACAGCUGAUAUUAUGAUGAUAUAUUUAGAGAGACCGUCCAAACAGACUGCCGGCUGUUUAAUAACGCUUUGCGGGACAUUAAACAGCCCUCUUUGUUGAACCAUUUUCAUGCCUGUGUUUCGGGAUAUGCUCUUUUCCCCCCGUAGUGCAGACUCCGCCCACAAAGGGAGUAAGUACUCUGGCGCGUGCACUAUUCCAGCUGUUACUAGAGAUCAGAACGUAUGUCGUGUUCGUUCUUGUCAGUGUGGCGCUCGUGCUGCUCUCAGGAUGCUGUACUUGCACGCCGUGGCCGCUCUGCUCGCCUUAUCGUGCGUCCUGGAGGAAACCGAGGCCUGGGGAUACAAGAACGGGAUAUUUCACAACUCUAUUUGGCUUGAACAAGCAGCCGGAGUGUACCACCGGGAAUCUCGCAAAGGGAGAUACCAGCUGACAUAUAAAGAGGCCAAAGCUGUGUGCAAGUUUGAAGGGGGGUCACUAGCUACUUAUGAUCAACUUGAAGCUGCCAGAAAAAUAGGCUUCCAUGUGUGUGCAGCUGGAUGGUUUGAUAAAGGCCGUGUGGGAUAUCCCAUCGUGAAACCUGGAUCCAACUGUGGAUAUGGAAAGGUUGGAAUUAUUGAUUAUGGCUAUCGGCUCAACAAAAGUGAAAAGUGGGAUGUCUACUGCUACAAUCCUAACUCAAAAGAGUGUGGAGGUGUGCAUACAGACCAAGAGAAGAUUCUACAGUCACCAGGUUUUCCAGAUGAGUAUCCUGAUGAGCAAAUCUGCUACUGGCACAUUCGCGUGCGCUACGGCCAGAAGAUCCAUCUGCAGUUCCUUGAGUUUGACGUUGAGGAUGAUGUAGACUGCAUCAGUGAUUAUCUCGAGCUCUAUGACAGUUAUGAUGAUGUCGCAGGCUUUGCUGGAAGGUACUGCGGGGAUGAACUACCUGAAGACUUUCUUAGCACAGGUAACGUUAUGACGCUAAAGUUCCUGGCAGAUUCAUCUGUUUCUGCCGGAGGUUUCAGGCUACAGUACACUGCUAUCGAUUCAUCUGUUCUCCCCGACAAUGAUACUUACACUUACACUUGACUAUUUCUUAUACAGAUGUUGUUUUUAUCAAUAAAUUGUUAAGGUUAUAUGUUUAUACAACUGUAAUCCACCAUUUAAUUAAUUGUAUAGGACAUUAAAAUCCUUUUGUACUUAAUUUGUAUUAAGUUAAUUUGUCUUUUUUUUUUUGCUUUUUGUGAAGUAAUACUAGGUGAUGCAAAUAAAGAUAUUGCAGUCAUUUAACAGAGAAUUACCUUUUGGCCAAAAACACUCUUUUUUUCUUUACAUUGGACCAACUAUUAUGCUGUAUUUAAAAAUACAUUUAUAUGUUUCUAAAAUGGAUUAACCUUAUGCAUUUGACUUCAUUUUUUUUAACUUUAAUUAACUUUUACUUGGUUUAUUUGUGUGCGUGUGUGUGUAAAAGAGUACUGAAUUGGACUGAAUUACAUUUUUAAUGGGCUGCAAAUUUAAAUUUAUAUUUAACAUAGAUUUGAAAACAUGUUUCUGUAAAUGCAACAGUUGGGAUCUUUUCAUAUGUAAGUAAUUAAUUUUAUUUUAAAACACUAAGUUCUAAUGCUAACACCAAGUGUUAUAUGUAAUUAGGAUGGCAUGGUGGCGUAGUGGUUAGCACUAUACCCAACAUUUAGGUUGAGAAUUCGAUUCCCACCUCAAGUCAUGGAGUUUGCAUUUUUUCCCUGUGCUUGGUUGUUGUUGUUUU